GAUCGGCCGUGCUGUCCUUAUCACCUCCGCCGCGGCGAUUUCAACAAUAUCACGAUGUCGCGGCACCAGUUGUAACAGCACGUACGGACACGUAGCGCGCAACAUUAUCACUACGUAUCCGCCGCGAAACGUGUUGUCCCGUGGCGCGUAACCGUAACACGCCCUUGGUAAUCCGCAUUCGUCGCAAUAAGCCGUAAUCGAUACCGCGGCACCGCGGUAACGGCACGAGGAGACCGCCGAAAAUCCGACGACACGUCUUCGGGACCGCGUAAGCCGUGAAAUGACGUUUUCCGCGUACCGUCCCUCCACCUACCGGUAACGACUGCUAACGAAGUGGUGGGUGAGUUGUACCGAACGUCGCCGAGCACCGUCGCAUUGUCGGCACUCGCGUUAUUCCGGAUCGCGGCUAAGAAUAUUAGUCGUUAGUCGAAUCGUCGUCGCUCGCGUCCGGUCGUACUUAUCAUCUUCUAACCGACCUACCACUUUUUUCCAUCCUCCCACCGGUCGAGCUAUUAUUUUAUCAAUUAGUACGGUAGUCACGGGACGUCCCGUGCUCUCGGCCGCCGCCGUCGCCGUCGUUCCCCCGUUCGCUCUUAUCACACACUUACGGGUCCCCAGCACCGACGCUGCCGAUACGUUUUUUCAACAACAAUAACAGUGGAAACGAUCCGUAACAGCAGUUGGCCGUACGCGUAUUGAUAUCGCGUAUCGUUUCCACAAUGUGUGUCCGACUGCGAUGGACUGAGAUCUAGAGCAGAUUCGCGACGACGACGACCCAGCUGUUUGACUCGACGGCCGAUUACGUUAUAUUUAUUGCAAAAUGGGUGAUAAUAUGUUUCGUGAAUUUAAUGGUCCAGCCGAUAAAGAAAAAUGUAACUAUUACAAUAGAACAAGAAAUAGAUUGAUUAUUACAGCUUAUGAAGGAAUACCUGAAAAUCUUUUACUCAAUGUCCUAGGUUGUAUUCUACUAGUUUUAUUUUUUGCAUUCAUGAGAAAAAGGGCAUGGGAUUAUGGUCGUUUAGCGCUAGUCAAUAAAGAUUAUGAAAAGUGGUCUCGUAUUUUUUAUGGAACAACUGAUGAAAAUUCAGAAAAUAAUGUUGAAGAUGGUAAUUCUACCACUAAUUUAGAUAACUCAAUGCCUGUAGAUAGAGGCCUUUUUUCCUGGUUUUUAACAAUUAUACAACUUAGAGAUGAAAAAAUUUUGCGAAAAUGUGGUUAUGAUGCCGUUCAAUACUUAUCAUUCCAGAGGCAUAUAAUGGUGUUAAUGGCUAUAAUUACAGCAGUUUCUUUAGGUAUUGUAUUACCAAUUAAUUUUGCUGGUGAUUUAGAAGGUGAUGAAAGAUCGUUUGGACAUACUACACUUAGCAAUCUUCAGCCAGACUCUCCUUGGCUGUGGGUUCAUGUAACUAUAGCCAUGUUAUAUUUUCCAUUAACCAUUUGUAUUAUGAGAAGGUUUUCUGUAAAUCUUAAAUUAGAAGAAAAUGGUGAAUGUUGGUCUCGUACUCUGAUGAUAACAAAUAUUCCAAGACGUAAUUCUGACAUAAAUGAUAUGGAUCGGCAUUUUAAAGAGGCAUACCCAGAUUGUGAAGUAGAAAAUAUUCAGCUUGCCUAUGAUGUCAAUAAAGCUAAUGAACUUGAUAGAGAUAGAAAUGCUGCAGUUCAAGCUAAACAAUAUUGUGAAAAUCAUUUGAAAACUGUAGGUGAACGUCUUACUGUACAGCCUCAUAUUUGUGGCUAUAUUUGUAUUUGUUGUGGUUUUUGUAGUUCUAAUAAUGUAGAUGCUAUUGAUUACUAUUCUCAAGAAGAAGCUCGAUUGAAAGCAGAACUAGAAGCAGAAAAAGAAUCGGCUCUUAAGAGACCUCUUGGUAUAGCUUUUGUUACUAUGACUACAAUUCAUGCUGCCAGACUCAUUUAUCAAGAUCAUGUUUACAAAUUGUCUAAAUGUGGUCGCCAUAAUCCUCCAACUAGUUCUGUGGCUGGCCCUCUUCAACCAUAUCGCUGGAGAGUAACUUUUGCUCCUCCCCCUGAUGAUAUAUUUUGGGAAAAUUUGACCGAACCAUCUCACAAUCGUUAUUGUAAGAUUGUAUUAACAAAUUCAUUUUUGGUGAUAAUUUUAUUUUUUUUGACCACUCCAGUGAUUGUUUUAAAUGUAAUGGAUACUCUUAAACUUAGAGAGAUAGAAAAAGCUAGUCCUAUAUUAUCAGAAUUUAUGCCAACAUUAUUAUUGUGGACUGCUGCUGCAUUAUUACCUGUACUAGUUAUAAGAUCUGAUCAAUGGCUCAGUCAUUGGACAAGAUCUAAAAGAAACCAUUCCAUUAUGCGUAAAACUUUUGUAUUUCUUCUAUUUAUGGGUUUAAUAUUACCUUCUUUAGGAUUAACAAGUGCCCAAGCAUUCCUAGUGUUUGCAUUUCAAGCUGGUAUUGAAACAUAUCGUUGGCAAUGUGUAUUUUUGCCUGAUAAAGGUGCGUUCUUUGUGAACUAUGUUGUUACGUCUGCUCUUAUUGGUACUAGUUUAGAACUUAUACGAUUUCCCGAGUUAUUUAUGUAUGCUCUUCGAUUAUCAUUGUCAAGAUCAAAGGCAGAAUCCGCAAGUGCCAGAAGAUUAAUUCUUUGGGAAUUUCCAUUUGGUGUUCAAUAUGCUUGGAUGUUACUUAUAUUUUCAAUUGUAACAGUUUACAGUCUUUCUUGUCCUCUAAUCACACCCUUUGGUCUUUUAUAUAUGGUUAAUAAACAUUUUGUUGAUCGUUAUAAUAUAUAUUUUGCAUAUGGCAAAUCAAAAAUCAGUAAGCGUAUUCAUAGUUCAGCCAUCAACUGUGUUAUGGUUUCUAUAGUGUUAUUACAAGUUAGCUUUACUUCAUUAUUAAUGUUACGUCAUGGACUUCACGACAUAACUUUAUUUGCUUUGGUGGGACUUAUAAUCACAUUAACAUUUACUCUAUCCCAAUGUUUCUUCCGACAUUGUACUGCAUGGAGUCCUAUACUAUAUCAAGUGAGAAAUCCUCGUACAGUUCAACCAAGUCCAGCUAGAAGACGUGAUCAUUCAUAUGGUUAUGAAUAUGUUCCUGAAGUAUUACGUCAACCUAUACAACCUACCAUAGUAAAUUCUUUAAUUACAUUGACACCAAACGAUUCUGGUACAACAUUAGAUGACUUAGAAAUCGAAAUGAAAGAGAAUGAUGAUGACAGAUCAAAUCAUCAUUCUCAAACUAAAGUAAUUGUAGAAUCUCAAAAUCACUGUGAUCAACUAUACCAGAAUUAUGAUUAUAGUCAAACAGUUCCUGUCUAAUAAGUUUACAGAAGUUUUUCUCCAUUUUUUUUCUGUUGGUUGUACUUCACAUUUUAGGUAACAAGUUUCAUAGUGCUAUUGAAAUUUGUGUGCCGUUCCAUAAAAUAGUUUUCAAUACAUAUAGAAUGUCUAUAAUAUGUUUAAGUUAUCAAUAGCGCAUUAAAUUAUUUAGCAAA